ACGCGCUCUCGGAGGAGAGAAGGUGGAAAUGUUAUUGGUCCAGAUUUACUGAGUGACCAAAACCCGCAAAAUGGCGCUCUCUCGGCUCAGCUAGAAACCGGUAAAACCAAAAAUAUAUACAUAUAUAUUUAAUAGAGGGAGUGAUGAUAGCUGAAAAAAGAAAUGACGUUUGCUUGCACAGAUCAAACGAUGAAGAAAAUUCUUAUAGCUUGUUAUUGCUUCCUGGCGCAUUGAUGGCGCACUGUCCUGUCAUUCAGUGAAGAUUUAGUUCAGGCACUGAGCUCGGAGCACUGAAGAUGAACUGAUGAUGGUGCUGAUCCUUGCACCUGACACCCCAGCCUCAGGGAGGAGACAGACUCAGCGAGGGUGUUACUGAUCAGCAUCAGUGUGUGAGGUCCUGCACCUGCAUUCGCCUACAUCCCAUCCUUUUUUGAUUGACUGACUGAUUUGACUAAAAAAAAAUGUUUCCUUCGUGCUAUUCUAAGCCCAAGAAUGGCUCUCAGUUUAAGAUGUCGUACACCAAAGUGUUGUUUGGUGUGUUGGUGGUCUAUGUGCUUCAUACGUGCUGGGCCUUGUACGGCUUUGUGCACACUAAAGCCUGUGACAGCGCUAAAGGAGACGACUGCGUGACAUCUUACCUCACUGCUAAACCGCGACUCCAGCUGAGCGUGUAUUCGACGCUGGAUCCUAGUGAUGAGUCUGCGCACACACUCCUGCUCAAAGUGGACAAAUUUGAAGUCCAUACCAAGCUUGAAAGGAAGGUGAAUGUGGCAUUGUCUGCACUGAAUCCAAAGAAUGGGACCCUCCAUGCCGUGGUGUUUGUACAUAAGAGUGGAGUUUCACCAUGGAAAGACAGCAAAUACGUGCGAAUUGUGGCUCGCCUGACCUCUCAGAUGUUACCAGUUCCUCCUAUGGUCAUCACUGGCUCUACCAAACAGACUCAGAAGGGAGCAGAAGAGCAAAAUGUCAUGUCCUACUGGAAAUCCCGCAUCACUCUAAACAUGAUGACGGAGGACUUCACGUUUAAUAACGCAGCCGUGCCCAGUGACCUGCGCAGAUACAUGAAAAUAGUUGAAGACGGAAAGAAGGACAAAAAGAAAAUAUAUCUUCCCCUUUUACUUGUUGAUGAAAUGAGGAGCAGACUAAAGGAUUUAAUCGAGAUCAACAGCACCACAAAAGGAGUCCCGCUCACUAUAUCAUAUGAUACAAUAACACUUCGCAAAUUUAGAAUGUGGAUCCAUAUCCAAGCUGUCAUAUACUCACUCAAACAUUUUGGAUUUUCAGAGCAAAGACUUGAUGAAAUUAAAGCCAUGUUUGUUGAGACUGGCCUUCACAUUUUGGUUUUGUCAGUCCUGGUACCUGCAUUCCAUCUCUCGUUUGAAGUAUUUGCAAUGAAAAAUGAUGUGAGCUUUUGGAGAGGGAAAAAGAGUUUAGCAGGCAUCUCCAGGCGAUCAGUGAUCUGGAGGUGUUUCAGCACUGUUGUGAUAUUCUUCCAUCUGCUAGAAGAGCAAACCAGCUGGCUCACCCUCAUCCUUAUGGGAUUUUUAGCAUUAAUUGAGCUAUGGAAAGUCAGCAGAGUCUUUGCAUUUUGGACUAGUUUUAAAGAUGAUAGAGCAGAUGACAUGGAGCGAGCAACAGAAGAACAUGAUUCCAAGGCAAUGAAAUUCUUGUCAUAUUUAAUGUAUCCUCUGUGCAUCAGUGGAGCUGUAUACUCUUUCAUAUAUCUCAGAAAUAAAAGUACUUGGUACUUUUGGAUCAUCAACAGUCUUGUCAGUGGGGUCUAUGCAGUUGGAUUUCUGUCUAUGGUCCCUCAAUUAUUUGUCAAUUACAAGAUGAAAUCAGUUGCCCAGCUCCCAAUGUCAGUGUUACUCUACAAAGGGUUAAACACGUUUAUAAGCGAUAUAUUUAGUGGAGUUAUAACCACUCCUGGACCACAUCCAUUGGCAUGUUUCAGAGAUGAUGUGAUCUUUCUCAUCUACCUCUACCAGCGCAGGAUUUACCGUGUGAACAAAUCUAGAGGUCGCGAUUAUGCAUCACACAGGAAGAAACCUAAAGGGAAAUCACACGAGGACUGAACAGGUGCAUUACAGGAGUAAUACCAAGAGCUCAAGCUUCAUGCAUGCUGUACUAGAGAGCAGCAAGUGUACAUAUGGAAGAAUGAAGCUUUUCUCCAAGGACAAAACACAAUCAGUUUCAGUCCCUCAGUGUUCAGCAUGAAGCGGUUCUAAAGCUCAAAUGUAAUUUCAGUACUGCAUGGCAAGUCUUCUACUGAGCAAGGCUGGAGUUUAGUGUUAUUUCAUCUCCUUGAACAAUUUAAUGAUGAUUAACUUGAGAGACAAAUAGUUACAGAAUAAGAACAUCUGCCACUGGCCUUAUCUAUGCUACAAUGAUCUGCAAAAUUAAUUAACUAUCAACAAAAUCUAACCAGGUAGCUGUACCUGUGGCCAAAACCACAUGGCCAUAAGAAUUCAUCUAUAGCUCAGGAGUCUAGUAUUUUUCCACAGCCUACAUGUUAAGUAUUAUAAGGCUUUAUUUGGUCUGCUUUACUGUAGCAUGGAGUGCUCACUGGACAAAUGCUGCCUAAAUCUGCUGUUAAACGCUGUGAUUUACACACUGCUACAGUGUGUCACUGGAGAGAGCUUUGUCACUGAGGUCGAUGCCAGUCUAUGUCAUGUACAGAAUAAAUAGUGUUGUAUCUUUAUAAAAGGCAAGACAUGCUUCAGUACUGUAUUUAUUGAAAAUGUUUUACAUAAGAGUUAUGUAAUCCAAUUUAUUCCAAUCUUGAAGUACAAAUUGCAAU